ACGAUUGAUACAAAACUCAGUCUGCGAUCAACGCUCGAGUUAUAUGCGCGUGUUCGAGCACGGCACAAGUCGCCGGAGUGUUGUGUUGUAGUGGAUUUAAUUAUUUCAGCUGUGGCCGAAUUGUUUCUUAUCAAAUAGAGAACUAGUAAUGUCCACAAACUGAAAAUGGCGAGCGCAGGAGCUGUCCUGUUGGAGGCGAGGCCCUUCCGGCCCUUCAAGUCCUCGGAGGAGUACCUGUAUGCCAUGAAGGAAGAUCUGGCUGAAUGGCUCACCGUGCUGUACCCGGAGCUCAGGAUCACGGCCGACAACUUCCUGGAUAGGCUAGACACGGGCGUCGCUUUGUGCAGGCACGCAAACGCCGUUCGUGAGUCAGCCAGACAAAUCCUGGAGUCCUUGAAAACAGAAGCUGAAGAAGCCAUUCUUCUGGCCAAAUCUCUCCGCUCCAGACCACCAGUCAACAUGUUGCCAGCUGCAAAAGCCGGCACUUUCUUUGCCAGAGAUAAUUUAUCGAACUUCAUAGACUGGUGUAGAAAAGCCCUGGGCAUUCUCGAAUGCCUACUCUUCGAAACUGACGACUUAUGUUUGAGAAAAAACGAAAAACACGUAGUAUUAUGCCUUCUGGAAGUUGCUAGAAAAGGCGCUGUUUUGGGAAUGCCGGCUCCACUGCUGGUACAGAUGGAGAAGCAGAUAGAGCGGGAGUUGGCUGGAGAGGAGUUGCGGCCUGAUGACUCUGCGCUAGGCCUGGUGCCGUCUGGACCUCAGCCACAGCUGGUGACAAACGACUUGAGAAGUUUAGAUGAGAGAGUCAGGGAUCUGGUGGAAAGAUGCUCUUGUCCAACACAAUUCCCUAUGGUGAGGGUCUCUGAGGGAAAAUACAGAAUCGGCGAUACAAGGAUUUUGAUUUUUGUUAGGAUUCUCCGUUCCCACGUCAUGGUGCGUGUUGGCGGUGGUUGGGACACUCUGGCCCAUUAUCUGGACAAGCACGACCCUUGCCGCUGCAAGGCUCAGCACCGCACCUCGCUAUCAGCUCGCCUGGCUCGCCCCAAACACGAUCUGGCUGGUGCCACCGUCACCUAUGAACGACCAGAAGCCAACCCCACUUACAAGGAAUACACCACAAAAACAUACGAACCAAUGUCUCUACAAUACUCCGCGAAAGUCUACAACGAUGAUCCAAAAAGUAUUCAGUACCACUCGAAUAAUAAAUUAGAUUGUCCGACGAGUUUGCCCUAUCUGGGUGACGUAGACCGGGCUCCGAGUCCAGGUAGAAAACACUUGGCUCCAAGAACCCAUAGUCCCAGCCGUCAUUCAGCUUCUCCAGAUAGAAGAACGAAGAUAGUGACCACCAACCAUUUGGUUCCAAAUCCUCAUGCAGUGAGGAAUAAGAGCCCAAGACCGGUUUCUCCGGUGCCAGCUGUGGAAAGUGCUUCCGAUAAUGGGUCGGAGGUGUCUGAUGAAGGAUACAGGAGCUUGGGCUUGGUGGCCGGAUCUACCCAGGGGUCACCCUCGACAAAAACUACGAAUCGAUACUCUUUGCACAGCCAAAAUUCUAUGGAUGACGCUGACUUUAGCGAGCGUCUCGACCAUGACGAUGGCUGUUCAGACAAAACCGAUCGUGUGGAUGACUACGUUAGUCUGACGACUGGUCUGCGUAAAACGGACUUCUCCGACACCUUCUACGGUGGCAGGAAGGCUAGUUCAGAGGAGAAAUCCAACAGAGCCAGUCCAGAGUGUAUCAUCAGCACGGAAAGCAACGAUUCGCCGAGCAAAAGCUUAAAACCGAUACGAGGACCUUCUGAAUCGCCAACGAAGACGAUACGCAGUCGUCAAGCAAGCAGGAUACCGCAUUCUCCAGUUAGAACCCGUACUCCCAGCCGUGGAAACACACCCAGUCCUAAACACACUCCAGCGCAGUCUUCUCCGAAACUAGCACCAAAGUUACCCCCGACAUCGAGAAAUACCUGGGGCGGUAGAACAGCCCCGAAUCAAAGCAAAACAAAGUCCCGUCCAACUAUUGGUGCAGAUACCUUUGAGAACCCAAACAAAUCACCAAAAACAAAGCCCAAAGCUGUCCAAAACGAGUUUUUUAAGAGGAACUCACCACUGAGGGCAAGCAGUGCGACUCUGAGGUCGCCAACGCACCAGAAAGCUUUAAGUCCACUUCUGGAACAAAUUUUAAGAUCAGCUGAAACUGCUAAAGAUGACGCAACAGUUUUGGAGAAGAUGAAAGAGAUAAUUCGGACGUAUUCCAAAGGCGAAGACUCCCUGUCCCGAGCAAGCUCGAAGGAUUCUGACUACGCUGACUUCACUUCUGCAUGGGUUAUGUCUGAUGGCAAGCUGGAACGGUCGACGAGUACCAGGCAACUUGCUGCUCCGAGAAAAGACCCUCGGAAUGGAGCUUCGAGGAUACCAGCUCCCGUCGCGGUCGGCUGCCGGCGAUCUACAUCCACGACUCAAUUUCAGUGAGGUGAUUUAAGACUGAAUCUAAUUUAUAUGACAAAAGUGUCAGUGUUUAGUUAUUGAAUUUCAAUUAUAAUAUUUAUAGGUAUUUUUAAGUUCAACGACAUAUUAUAUCAUAUCUAUGUUUAGAUAAGUAGUUCUUACACGAUAUUUUUUGAAUUUGUUAAAGGUAAUGUAGAUUUAUCUUUUCUACAAUCACCGUAACCAUUGUAUGAGAUUGGAGGUUAUAAUGAUUUUCUGUUAAACCACCUACAGUUUAACAACACGAAGGACCGAAUUAGACCGAUAAAUGCACUUAGUCAAUAGAAAAUCAUUGAACUUUAUCAUUAUAAUGAUAAAAAAGAGAAAUAAGAUGGUGCUAAAUUAUGUAUAAUUUGUUUUUAUGAAAUAUGACACAAUAUUAAGUUUACCGCCAUCUUGUGUUAUGACAGUUAGUACAUAUUCAAAAUGGCGUCUAUGUGUUUUAUCUAUAAUCACAAGAUUACUUGAAUUGUAAUAUUCAAUAGUACUUUAUGUGUAACAUAUUUUAGUUUUAGGAUACUUACUAAUUUAGUUUUAACCGGCUAUGUUUAAUUGGACUAUUUCUUGCAUUUAAAAUAUCAUUCCAACUGUGCCGGGAUUUUGGCAAUUUUGAUAGCAAUCUCAUUACUUCGGGGAGCUUAUAAUUUCUUAGAACCAUUCUAGAUGAAAAAUAUUAUGUAUAAAUACACAUGUUGCGUAAAAUUAGAAGUAGAAAUAAAUAAAUCCACUCUUAUACCUCAUAAGUAUACCAAUGAGAAUAUUUUUGCACGACAAAACUCGACCGUCCAAUAUGGAAAUUCGUUUCGUUCAUAUUAAAUGAAUAAUUUAAUGUCAAAUUAAAUUUAUGUCCGAAUCGAAAGGUUGCAUAUUUCGUUGGUAUUUUAUGUUUUCUAGCAGCUUCUUCGAAGCCAACUACUGCUUGAAAUAAAACAAGUACAUUUCUGUAGAUUCUAAGACAGAAUACUUUAUUUAAUAAGUUAUUAUUAUUCUUUUAUUAACUUUGUUAUCAUAAGAUAUAUCUGGUUAAACUAUACAAUGGGUAGAUUAUAUUGUUUCACUAACGAAGCUUACAUCACCAAGCUGGUGUUAUAAAACAUUUUUUGACACUUAUCACGCAUACCUUAAACAAUUAUUGUAUUUUUGCAACAAACUGUGAUUUGUAACGCCCCUUUGCACGCUUAAGAACAUCAAUAUCUCAACUUUUCCCGUAAAAUUCACUUUCCAUUGAUAAUAAUGACAUAAUGAGAGACAUAUGUGCGAAAGUGUCGCGGGGUAAGUUAAAAUAUUUGAAUAUUUCCUCCCAAGUUUAGCUAUUAAUUGAUGAUUUUAGUUUAAUAUAUUACUUAUCUUAAUUUACGACAUAUUAAUCGGUAGGUAAUUUUAAAUUUUUGUACUUCGAAUCGUCUUUUAAGUUUAAUUUAUCACAACUGGGAGAUGAAUAUUUUUCUGAAAAUGUUCGAAUUUGCUUUCGAUGUAGCGAUCUAUUUUGAGUAAUGGUGUAUUUGCAGAAACGGUGUUUUCAUGCAGUUGGUGUUUGAAAUAGUUAUAAAUGCUGCAAUCAUUUUUUCGUUGAACGGUAUUUGUAAAUUAAAAAGCUCUCAAGCAUCUGUGCAUAGGGAAAAGUACGCCAUUUUUGCUGACGUCACAGGAUAGUUCGCUACAGCAUAGCAAUGUAAAUCUAGAGGCUAGUUUCUUCACGCUCGUUACCAGUUACUAUGCCAUAGAAAUUGUUGUAAUUCAAACAAUAAAAACCAUUAGUGUAA